AUGACCGCCGCUUCCUCCGAUUCCACCUUUCUGGCCCUUCCCGGGUCGGUUGCCUUCUCGCACUCCCGGGGACAUGCAAUUGCGGCCAGCAUUGGAGCUCAAGAUGUUCGAGCCCAAUGGAUUCACUACGUUCAUGCUGCUCAACCCUUGGACGAACCGCAGCAGAACGUUCUGAAGCAGCUCCUGCAAUAUGGUGAUAUUACCGAUAUUCCUCCCACCUUCAGUGCCGAGGACGGCCAGUUCGAUGUCUUCUACGUCUUCCCGCGGACAGGAACGAUUUCCCCAUGGAGUUCACAGGCCACCGGUAUCGCUCACGUCUGUGGCUUGCGCAAGUAUGUCGACCGCAUCGAGCGCGGAUUGAAGAUCUCGUGUCUCCGCGCGAACUCCGAAGAAUACAAGUCGAAUUUCCAGGAUGUCCUGCACGAUCGCAUGACACAGGUUCUGAGCCAGGAAGAACCUGACCUCCACCUGAUGUUUUCCGAGCACAGCCGUCUUCCCCUUGAGACCGUCCCCCUUCACGGAAGUGACAAGUCUCCGAAGGAAGUAUUGCAAGAGGCAAACAAACGCUUGGGAUUGGCUCUGGAAGAGUUGGAGAUUGAGUACAUUGCGGAGGCUUAUGGUCCCAAUGGUCCUAUUGCCCGUGACCCUACCGAUGUCGAGCUUUUCAUGUUUGCACAGGUCAACUCGGAGCACUGCCGUCAUAAACAAUUCAAUGCGUCCUGGGUCAUUGAUGGGAAACAAAUGCCCAACAGCCUGUUCGCGAUGAUCCGCAAUACACACAAGAAAAACCCGGAGUUCACGGUCAGUGCCUACAGUGACAAUGCUGCGGUUCUGGAGGGAGACGUCGCCGCUCACUGGGCGCCCGACGCUUCCACCGGAGAGUGGAACCAUACGAAAGAAAUCGUUCACUUCUUGGCCAAGGUCGAAACCCACAACCACCCGACAGCGGUAUCCCCAUACCCGGGUGCCGCAACUGGCUCCGGCGGUGAGAUCCGUGACGAGGGUGCCGUCGGACGCGGCUCCAAGCCCAAGGCAGGUCUUGCCGGAUACUGUGUCUCCGAUUUGCAGAUUCCUGGCUUGAAACAGCCAUGGGAACUGGAUCGCAGCUUCAACAACGAAUUCGGACGGCCCUGCAUCUCGGGCUACUUCCGUACUCUGCUGACGGAAAUUGACGUUGGCAAUGGCCAGAAGGAAGUUCGAGGCUACCAUAAGCCCAUCAUGCUUGCCGGUGGUGUCGGAACGGUCCGGCCCCAGCAUGCCAUCAAGAAGCCAGAAGUGGUAAAGCCCGGUGCUUUCCUCGUCGUCCUUGGUGGGCCUGCCAUGCUGAUCGGCCUGGGUGGCGGUGCCGCCUCCAGUAUUACCUCGGGUGAAGGUUCUGCUGAGCUGGACUUUGCUAGCGUGCAGAGAGGUAACGCUGAAGUCCAGCGGAGAGCACAGGAGGUGAUUAACGCGUGUACCGCUAUGGGUGAUAACAACCCUAUCAAGUUCAUCCAUGACGUUGGUGCUGGAGGUCUUUCCAACGCCCUUCCCGAACUGAUCCAUGAUUCCGGCCUGGGCGCCACUUUUGAACUUCGUGAAAUUGACAGUGCCGACAAGAGCAUGAGCCCUAUGCAGAUCUGGUGCUGCGAAGCUCAGGAGAGAUAUGUCAUGGCUGUUGGGGAGGAGUCCAUGAACAAGUUCACAGCGAUUGCCAACCGUGAGCGCUGUGGCUUUUCCGUCGUUGGCCGUGGAGGCGGUACGUCCGAAGAGGAGAAGAGGCUCGUUCUCAUGGACCGGGACUCGACUGAGUACCCCAAGCCCAUCGACUUGCCCCUGUCCGUUCUAUUCGGCAAGCCCCCCAAGAUGACUCGGGUCGUUGAUUCCCGUAAAUUGAAACUUCCCGCUGUCGAUGCCACCCUCACGAAGUACCUCCCUGCUCUUGCACCCAACCAUCUCGAGCUCAUCGGGGAGGCUGUCAACAGAGUCCUUUCUCUUCCCGCAGUGGCCUCCAAGUCUUUCCUCAUCACCAUUGGUGAUCGAACCGUUGGCGGUCUCACUGCUCGCGACCAGAUGGUUGGUAGGUGGCAGACUCCUGUGUCUGACGUCGCUGUCACUGCCACAGCGUUGCUUCAAGGGGUGAAGACUGGUGAAGCCAUGGCCAUGGGUGAGAGACCGAGCCUUGCAUUGAUCUCCCCUGCUGCUUCGGCACGUAUGGCCGUUGCCGAGUCGCUCAUGAACAUUGCCGCAGCCGACCUGGUUGACCGUCUCAGCCACGUGAAGCUCUCCGCCAACUGGAUGUCCGCUAGCAGCCACCCGGGUGAAGGUGCCGCCAUCUACGAGGCCGUGGAAGCCAUUGGAAUGGACCUGUGCCCCAAGCUUGGCAUCAGCAUUCCCGUCGGAAAGGAUUCCAUGUCCAUGAAGAUGAAGUGGACUGAUGAAGCCUCUAAGGAGGCGAAGGAGGUUACUGCACCUAUGUCUCUUGUCAUCUCUGCCUUUGCCCCGGUUGGCAACUACCGUAAGACCUGGACCCCUGCUCUUCGUCGUCUCGAGGACGUCGGUGAGACCGUCCUCAUGUUCGUCGAUCUCUCCUUCGGCCGCAAGACUUUGGGCGGCUCUGCCCUUGCUCAGGUGUUCAAGCAGGUUGGUGACGACUGUCCUGAUGUCCGUGAUGUUGAAAUCUUCAAGGACUUUUUCGAUGCUACUCAACAAUUGCAAGACGCCGGCAUUGUCCUGGCCUACCACGAUAGGUCUGACGGUGGUCUGUUCACCACUCUUGCCGAGAUGAUGUUUGCCGGCCGUUGCGGUGUCGAGGUCAUGCUCGAUAACAUCUGCCCCACCUCUGGCACCAAGGAUGUUGUGGAGACAUUGUUCACUGAAGAACUUGGAGCUGUGUUCCAAGUCCGCAAGGAACACGAGAUGCAGUUCCGCUCCUGCUUCGCCACAUGUGGCCCCCCUGCUGGCCUGAUCCACAAGAUUGGACGAGUGUCCGAGAGAACGAAGCAGAACCUUGCCAUUUAUCACGGACACACCUUAGUGUAUCGCAACAACCGUGCCAGCCUUCAGCAGACCUGGUCCAGCACUUCGUACCACAUGCAGAAGAUGCGUGACAACGCCGCUUGUGCCGAUCAGGAAUAUGCCAACCUUCUUGAUGACACCGACCCUGGUCUCUCAUGGAACCCAACGUUCGACCCCAAGGAUAAGGCGCUCCCUAUGCUCACCAGCCUGACCUCGAUGUCUCCUUUCAGUAACAAGCCUCGCGUGGCUAUUCUGCGUGAGCAGGGUGUGAACAGCCAGGCUGAGAUGGCUUUCGCUUUCAACAUGGCCGGCUUCUCCGCCGUCGAUGUCCACAUGACCGACAUCAUCUCGGGACGUGUUUCCCUCGCCAGCUUUGUUGGCAUGGCUGCCUGUGGUGGUUUCUCUUAUGGUGACGUUCUUGGUGCCGGUCAAGGCUGGGCCAAGUCUGUCCUGCUGCACGAGAACACCCGUUCCGAAUUCCAGAACUUCUUCGAGCGCCCUGACACCUUCGCUCUGGGUGUCUGCAACGGUUGUCAAUUCCUGUCCCGUCUGAAGGAGUUGAUCCCUGGCGCCCAGAACUGGCCCAGCUUCGAGCGCAACGCCAGCGAGCAGUACGAAGGCCGUGUCUGCAUGGUCCGUGUCUCGGACCCCGAUCCCUCCCGGCCCAGCGUGUUCUUCCACGGCAUGAAUGGCACCUCGCUCCCCAUCGCCGUCGCCCACGGUGAGGGCCGUGCCUCCUUCUCCCCAUCUUCCAACGUCACCGCCCAAUCCUUCGUUCAGGAAGGUCUCGCGCCCGUCCACCCCGAGGGUAUCGCCGGUGUCCGCAACGCCGACGGUCGUGUCCUGGCCAUCAUGCCUCACCCCGAGCGUACCGUCAUGGGCGGCAUCGCCAGCUGGCUGCCCGCCAAGGCCCAGGAAUGGGGUGACAUCGGUCCCUGGGGCCGUGUCUUCUACAGUGCCAGAAGAUGGGUCGGUUAA